AGACAUCAGCCACAGUCCCGUAACUUUGCCUCCGUCGUACUCUGAUAUCAACAUAAGAUUCACGAAUUCUAUCAUUCCAGGCCAAAAAGAAAGGCCGAAAACUCAAGAGAUAUACCCUGUUGCAACGAUGAAGAAAUUCGGCUUUGGCAAGAAGAAGGAAAGCCGUGAGGCCGAUAACAACAACUCAGGGCGCCCCUCCCCCUCUGUAAACCCAUAUGCACAGGCCACACAAUCACCAGAUCCAUACGCUGUCGAUACAAACAAGUAUGCCAAUUACGGUGCGAAGCCAGGACAAGAGAAACAAUCAAGCGGUUCGACCAGCAGCGGUGCCGGCAGCCAGCGGUCACAAUACGGAGGCCUGCCCAACGGACCAGCGCCCGGGAGGAGCAACUCUUAUGCAGCAUCCACAACUUCUACGGAAACAGCACCUCCAGCGUAUGGCGCUGAGCGAUACGGAAGUGCCAAUGGCUAUGGCUCGAACCUCUACGAUAACACAAGCAGCCCAUACGGCGGGGCUCCGUUGGUACAAUCGCGUGGCGCAGGCGGUUAUGGUGGAUUAGGACGAUCGGACAGUGCCGACACAGCUACAACUGAAGACAACAGAAAUGCGCUAUUUGGAGAUGCCAAAGACAGAAAUGCGAAGAAACAGAGCGUACCACCGGAGAAUGCUCAGCCUGGCGGCGGCUACGACGCUGGAGCCAACAGUGGCUAUGGUGCAUACGGUGACAGGCAAUUAACUGCCGAAGAAGAAGAGGAGGAGGAUGUGGAGGCGACCAAACAAGAAAUCCGUUUCAUGAAGCAAGAGGAUGUCUCAUCGACCCGAAACGCACUCCGCAUGGCAUCCCAGGCCGAAGAGACCGGACGUGGAACCCUCGCUCGUCUCGGUGCCCAAGGAGAACGUAUCCACAACACAGAGAAGAACCUCGAUCUCGCUGCAAACCACAACCGUAUUGCCGAGGAGCGAACCCGCGAGCUGAAGACUCUCAACAAGAGUAUGUUCGCCAUGCAUGUGGCCAACCCAUUUACUUCGCAAUCCCGCAAGGCUGCCCGUGACCAAAAUAUCUUGGACAAGCACCAUGCUGAAAGGGACCAACGUGAGGCCACGCGCCAGGCAGCCUUUAGCUCAGGUCAACGGAUGGAGGGUGCAUUCAAAGAGAUGCAGCCAGGAGACAGGGGAUAUAAAGCGAAGGCGCCGGCCAAGGCGAGCCUGGCGGAGCGUGCGAAGUAUCAGUUUGAGGCGGACAGUGAGGAUGAUAUGAUGGAGGAUGAAAUCGAAGGCAAUCUUGGCGAGCUGCACGGUGCUGCUCAAAGGCUUAAUUUGCUUGCGCAGGCGACGGGUAAGGAGCUUGAUGAGCAGGACGACCUUAUUAGGCGGGUUGGCGUGAAGGGUGAUCGUGUGGAUGACCAGAUUGCAAUGAACCGUGCGAAGUUGGAUCGUAUUCGUUAGGAUACACAUACCACCGUAUGGCUACUGGUACUAGUUGAUAGAAUAUAUGGGGAUUGGGAAUACUCUUUGUGUCACACAGGUGGCUAGCACUGCAUUUAGCCUUUCAUAUGAUAGUGAAAUUCAGUUAUUCAAUAAAUCCUAU